CUUAACUGGUUCAGACGCAACGUUGGACAAUGUCGAGAGGCCAAAGUCCACUCAGGUCCACCUCCCAAACCUUCGAAAUCAACGAUGUCGCCAACAGAUAAGGUUAGGUUUAGUGGUGGAAACAGCCAAGCAAGUGCCAGUCGACAGAUCAUCAUCAUCCGCUGAGUGACGAUCUACUCGAUGAUUCAGUAGAGAAUACCAUUCAGCAGGAUCUAGGGGAUCUGGGGAACAAGCCUUCCUUGCCCAUGCUUUGUUUAAGCAUUACUAACAACGACAAGAACCUUAGGAGACCCAUCACGAGCCAAGAAGCAUGCAAGGGCUCUCAUCUCCGACAACGCACACCUCAAGGAUGCGCUACGGAGAUCAUUGGAAACCCGCUCAUUCAAAGAAGUUCGGUGUCUGGAAAUCCGUCGGCCUGACUUGCAUAAACCACCUGCUACGGCAGAAAAGAAUUAGGGAGGAACGCCAGGCCCGGCUCGAAGCUUCCUUCCGUAGGAAUUUUCGCGGCGAUAGUGUUACCACCUUUCUACAAGCACUCAAUGCUUACGGCGAGAUGUACGAUAGCGAUUUGCAUUACGGACGCAGCAUUCCCAUAUUGCAGUCGAGCGGAACGGGGAAAUCACGCCUUGUAGCAGAGGUGCUAAAAAGGGUAUAUCGCAAUCAACCGACCAUUCUAGUCAAGCUCUGUACUGAUUUAUGCCCCCCACGAGAUGAGACCAUGUGUCGAUUCGUGGAAUCAACCGAUUAUUUUGGGGAAGAGAUGGCCGCCGCCCUCCUUGGGGCAUUUUUCAAAGAGAUACACAAAUGCCUUGGUUACAAUCCGAAAGAUGAUCCUGAGACGCAAAAUGAGUAACUGGUCGCGCGGAUCUACGUCGCGUGGGGUGUCCUUUACAUCAGUUCUUGAGGUGGCCAACCACUCCCUUGCAUCAAUGCCGAAACAUCUAGUGAAUCGACGACAACAGAUUAGCACGGAGAAUGAUGUGGGCAUAAUCAAUAACUGGCGUAAUGACCUGUACGAGCACUUUUGCCUGAAAGCGGUGGAGAGUCUGGCUAUUGGCCUUCAGCUUCAGCGCCUCAACCAUGAUAAGUUCAUCAUCGCUUUCAACGAAUGCACAAACAUCAAACCGCCGGUUCGAUCGUCAAACGUGUCGCCGGGACUGACCCGAAGUUUCUAUCUCCA